AUGGAGGCUGGUGAGCAGUCUGCUGCCGCUCCUAGCCCGGGGAGCGUCACGGGCCAGAAACGCCCACGUGACUAUGGCGAGGCACUGAAGGGCCUGACGCCCGACCGCGAAAGCGAAGGGGAUGCCGCCCCGUCCGCCAAGAGAAGCAGGACGGACCGUCCAGAGGACGACGAUGCGGCAUCAGACAGCCUUGAUGAUGGGGAGAUAGUGGAGGACCCAGCCCUGGGUGGCGAGGCUGCGCCUACGGUCGAGACGGCCCAGCAGCUGGAAGUUAACGAGCCGGAGCCUACGUCUCCUCCCCCCGGGCCAGAAGCUGAUCCACUCCCGCAAACUGUUCCAGAGGCACCGGCAUCACCCGCCCCCUCGGGCGAUGCCACUGUUUCCCAUGGCGGCAGUGAAGCCAACGGAGCGGCUGGCCAUGAAACCGGGCCUAACGGGGAGUCCGCUGACGUUGUGCCCGGCGGGGAUGCAUCACCAGAUGCACCUAAUGUUGGGGAAACGGAGGCUGUGGCUCAGACUGCUUCAAAUGAUGCUGAGGUGAAUACAAAGGCGCCCACCUCGAACACCUGGAAUCAAGGUGUUGGCUUGGGCCUUAGGACUUCCUUUGCAAGGCCUACGAAGGCCCCUGCCCCAACAAAGGCACCUCCGGAAAAGACUCCCACGCCGCCCGCAAGUGUACCUGAAAAGCCCACCGCUAAGGCAGUUUCAACUGCAAAUACGCCUAGCGUGAUCACGUUCUCAGUGAUGAAGAAGGAGUGGAGGAUAGAUGCCUCCAAGUUCGAGCAAGUGGACUGCCAAGCCGACGCCAACAUUCUGAAGCAACAGUACUGGGCCAACUGGGCAAGGAAGAACAUUGACCGCCUGGCUACCGUAUUAGAAGACGAUAAUCAGAUCGACAUCACAGCGUUCGCCAAGCCGUCGCACAAGAAGAAGCUGCUACAGAACGGCAUGCGUGCCCUGGCUGCAGUCUCGGGCGGCAUCCUGAGCGGCACCAAGAACCAAAGGACAAGCGCGAGAUCCGCGGCUGCCUUGGCCGCCUCCGCGACUGUGAACACAAAGUUGGUCCAACAAGCACUGAAGAGGACGCGGAGACCAGGGCGCGUUGUCAAGCCAAUGGACGACUCGUCGAGGAACUCAGAGUCCCGUAUGGGGGAUGACGAGGACGCCUCGGAUGGCGAAUCCAUGGAUCUCGAGAUUCACGACGAUGAUGAUGAUGGCGGUGCCGAUGUAGCGCCUGCUCCCGCUCCAGUUCCCCAGACUGAACCGCCACAGUUGACCCUUGACGAGCUGGAGGAACGCAGGUUAUAUUUCCCAGGCUCCGAGAACUACCCCAUAUUCUGCACCCACUGCGUUAGUACGCAACACAACACAGACGCUUGUCCCCAGUUGACAUGCGCUUUCUGUGGAAGCAAGGCCCAUUCCCGGUUCGGCUGCCCCUCCAAGCAGAGGUGUGGCAAAUGCCGCCAGGUUGGUCACUCGGAGAAGACGUGCUCCGAGAAGCUUGCCCUGGCAAAGGAAGAGAUGUCGCCCUGCGCGUACUGCGGCGACGCUCACACAGAGGACCAGUGCAAUGAGAUCUGGAGGAGCUUCGACCCUGCUGAGGUGCAGAUCCGGAAGGUCAAGGCCAUCCCGGCCUUCUGUUACGUCUGCGGCAACGAAGGCCACUACGGCCCGGAGUGCGGUCUCGUGGCCAGGGCCCAGGAGCCCACGGCGAGGUUGCACACCUGGUCCGUGGCCGCCAGGGACCUCUUUGUGGACCCGAGCAGCCCCAACGUCGCCAUCGCCUGGGUCGGGCUCGACAUGCGGCGCAUCCAGAAAGGAUCUAACCUCAACAUCCGCGGAGCCGCGAAGAAGGCCACGCACAUCCAGUUCGUCUCCAGUGACGACUCGGACGACGACUUCAUCAAGGACCCCAUCCGGAAGGCCCAACCCCCCGGCCGCGGGUCCAUCAAAAUCAACACCACCACGGCCGCGUCCAGCCGCCCGCCCCCGCCCAAGCCCGGGGGCUUCAGCCGCCUCCGCCGCCAGGAGGGCAGCCGCCGCGAGAACCAACCCGCCCCUCCCGCCAGGCUCGCCGCCGCCGCCUCUUCUUCCUCCACCUCCUCUCCCGGCUAA